AUGGGAGUGCAGGGCCUGUGGAAGCUGCUGGAGUGCUCGGGCCGGCAGAUCUGCCCCGAGACGCUGGAGGGGAAGAUCCUGGCCGUGGAUAUUAGCAUUUGGUUAAACCAAGCACUUAAAGGAGUCCGGGAUCGCCAUGGGAACUCAAUAGAAAAUGCUCAUCUUCUCACUUUGUUUCAUCGGCUCUGCAAACUCUUGUUUUUCCGAAUUCGUCCUAUUUUUGUGUUUGAUGGGGAUGCUCCGCUACUGAAGAAACAGACUUUGGCUAAGAGAAGGCAUAAAAAAGAUUUGGCAACCAGUGACUCUAAAAAAACUACAGAAAAGCUUUUGAAAACAUUUUUGAAAAGACAAGCUAUCAAAACUGCCUUAAGAAGCAAAAGAGAUGAAGCACUACCCAGUCUUACUCAAGUUAAAAGAGAAGAUGACAUCUAUGCUUUGCCACCUUUACAAGCGGAAGAAAAAAACAGUUCAGAAGAGGAAGAUGAAAAAGAAUGGCAAGAACGAAUGAGUCAAAAACAAGCAUUACAGGAAGAGUUCUUUCAGAAUCCUCAUGCAGUAGAUAUUGAGUCUGAAGACUUUAGCAGCCUGCCCCCUGAAAUAAAGCAUGAAAUCUUGACUGACAUGAAAGAAUUUACCAAGAGAAGAAGAACAUUAUUUGAAGCAAUGCCAGAGACUUUUGAACAUUUUUUAAAUUGA